AUGCGUGCACCUAUAAGGGAAAACCAGGAAAACUAUGUGGUACUUAUGGCUAUUAUUUUUGCUGUCCUGCUAAUUCGCGAUGUGGCACCUUUUAUCAAUGUUAUUCAACAGGCAUGUCAUGCACCAGCGACAGGAACAACAGCACCUAUAUCCGGAAAUUCAUUUCAUAAUGUUAGUGCGGUGAACCGAGAAACUGCACCACCACCGUAUGAUGAAUCACAAAUUAAAGUUUAA